CUCUUGAAAUUGCGGGUAUAAAAUCCAAUGAUUGAACUGAUCACGGUUAUUCAGUGAAGUUAUUCCAAAAUACGAUGUUGCACUACGCGAUUAUUCUUGGACUUAUACUCAGUCUCAGCAUUGUUAAUGCUGCAGUACUUCCUGUAUUUCCUUUUCUAAAUAAUUUUAAUAAAAUUGUGGGCGGGAAGCCGAUAAAUAUCGAAGAAGUUCCUUAUCAAGUGUCACUAAACUUAAACGACUUUGGAUUACAACAUUUUUGUGGUGGUUCCAUUCUCAGUGAGAAAUUCAUCAUGACUGCUGCUCACUGCACAUUUCCCGGAGAAUCUAUAGACGUCACACCAUACAUCAAUGUUCGCACUGGAUCGAGCUAUAGUGAAAGUCAAGGAUCUCUUCAUCGUGUAAAGACUAUUCACCGUCACAGUCUUUACAAUGCUACAGACUAUGACUAUGACUUCUGUAUCCUUGAGCUACAGGAUCUAAUCCAAUACGAUAACACGCGUCGUCCAAUUCAACUUCCCAAAGCAGGGGAAGACAUUGAAAAUGAAACCAUUUUGUUAACUUCCGGAUGGGGGGCUACGCAAAACGUCGCAGAGUCUAAUGAUCACCUUCGCGCUGUUGAGGUGCCGAAAAUGGAUCAGUUUGAGUGUACUCUUAAGUAUUUAUUUCAAAACAUCAUAACAGAUAGGAUGUUCUGUGCCGGAGUGAGGGGAGGAGGAAAGGAUGCCUGUCAGGGUGAUUCUGGUGGCCCAAUUGUUAAGACUGGUACCGAUGGUCCACGUCUCGUUGGAGUUGUUUCUUGGGGUGUUGGAUGUGCUCUUCCUCAAUACCCGGGAGUCUAUGGAAGACUUUCUAGGGUACGCGAUUGGAUCACACAAAUCACUGACCUGUAAAAUGGACCAAAGUGAAUGAACUCUGUAAUCAAAUAAAUUUUUUUCUUCGAA